AAAAUCCUCUUUCUCUCUCUUAUUUCUCUCUCUUCUCUUCUAUUCUAUCCAUUUUCUCUGUUCAUCGCCGACAACCGCCAAUUCCCUCCCUUUUCAAAGCAAUUCCCUCUUUCUCUCUCUCUCCGUCUUCUCAGCUUCCACUUAAAAUUUGGAUGGUUGAGUUAUUCUCCAUUCUUCUCUUUUGCAAGGGUAUAUCCAUUUUGCUUUGUGCUAAGGAGAAUUGUGUAUCACUGCAAAUACUUUGGUGGACAAUGUACAUUUGAGAAAUGUUGCUGCGACAACCUAAUCCCGAGGGAAGGAAUACUUAAAUGUAUUAUCUGAUUUUCUGGACUUGAAGGUUAAGUUUUGACCUCAGCAUAUACUUUUACACCAGCAAGAAACUUCAAAUAUCAACAGAUUUUAGUUUUCAAAUUGGUUUAAAAUGUCGGAAGUCGACAUGUCAGUUAUUAAACCCGAGAUGAUGAAGCCCUAUAUUUGGCUUCAGACUUCGGAUGGUUCAAUUCAACAGGUGGAACAAGAAAUUGCAAUGUUUUGCCCUCUUAUUUGUCAAGAAAUAAUACAAAAAGGCACGGGAUCUUCCAAAAAUUGUGCGAUAUGUCUUCCUGAAAAAGUCUCUCCUGCUAUGUUGAGCUUAGUUCUUGAUUAUUGUCGUUUUCAUCAAGUACCAGGCCGCUCAAACAAGGAACGGAAGUCUCAUGACGAGAAAUUCAUAAGGAUGGAUACCAAACGGCUCUGUGACUUGACAUCUGCUGCCGACAGCCUUCAAUUGAGACCGUUAGUUGAUCUUACAAGCCGUACACUUGCAAGAAUAAUUGAAGGAAAAUCUCCUGAGGAGAUACGGGAGAUAUUUCAUUUGCCGGAUGAUCUAACAGAGGAAGAGAAGUUAGAGCCUCUGAAAAAUACAACUGAUGACCCGAGGAUAAGGCUCUUGAACCGGUUGUAUGCGAAAAAAAGGAAAGAGCUAAAAGAACGUGGGAGGUUAAAGAAUGUUGAAUUAGAAGAAGAGCAUGUAGAUGAGCGUUCGGUUGAUGACCUUUUGUCUUUUAUUAAUGGAAAUGAUGCAGAUUCAAAAGUGUCUAAAACUUCUAAGAAUAAAAAGAAGAACAGAAGAAAAAAAGAGCAGAAGAAGAGCUCUUCUUUGACUGAAGCUUCCAAACAGAAAAAUAAGGAGUUAAAUGGUCAUAGUGCUGUAUCUGAUAUUGCUGGGACCUCAAAUAUGCUUACAGAAGAUGACGCUUUUGCUCAUAGAGAGUUUGGUGAUGAUGACGACAACAUAGAUGAUGAGAUCGAUCCGGCACUGCAGGAGAAAAUUGACAAGAUUGAUUAUCUGAAGCAUGGAAAAAUGCGGGUGGCACAGUAACAGAUAUCUUAACUUGCACUCUUACACCCAAGACUGGAACCUUGACCAUGGACAAAUAUGUGGGGCCCAAUGACAAGUCUAGGAUAAGCUCUUACAUCAUCUUAGAAUUUGGACUAGACCUAACUCAUUCUCAUAAACUAGUUCAUGGAAGUGAGCGAUGCCGAAGCCUUAUAAGGGCAAAUUCUACCAUAUCUCUAGUUAACGUGAAAUAUCAACGCACUCCUUCAUCCUUAGGUUUGGACAUCCAAAGUGUGGAGAAACAUAUGGAUGUCCCAAUAACAUGGAUAUCCCAAUAAUGAUGAUUUAACACCUCCCCUCAUGCGUAGAAAAAUCUGGAUCUAGGGCCGAAGAUUUACUAAGAAGGGCUGUUUUUAGAGAGAGCGUAAGGGGUGAUCUAUAUUGGUUGCCACAGCUCUAUUCUCAACUCUACAUCAAUCCCUAAAGGACUUUUAAGAGAGGAUGAACAUUCCCGUUCUAUAGGUGGCACUGUCCCUAUUAGAGAAGGGCGAGGCCUGCUGAUUCUCUGCCAGCACUGUUAAUUACCUUAGACCUACGCAGCAGGAACGAUAUGGAGCACCUACUCUACCGGUCGUCUGCUCUCUGGAGGUCGUCCAAAGCCCGAAUAUCUUGAACUCAGAAAUCCAAGCUUUCAUACCAGGAAAUACGUGCCAAAUCGUUCUCUAUUGUAUCAUAGUCUAGAGCCAAAUGAAACUGAUUCCACUUGACUUGAGCAAGAAUAAGUCAAUUUCCCACUUGGGUUGGCCGGAUGGUGUUGGCUUGGGACUUUGGAGUGUGCUCCUCCUCAAGGUCUCAGGUUUGAUUCUCUUUGGUGCCAAUUUGGGUGGGCUACUUUUGCUUCUUCAAAAAAAAAAAAAA